AUUCCUUUAUCUCACUUUUUUUAAAGUGACUCAAAAGCUUUUUUUAAAAAAUUGUACUGGAUUUCUUAUAAGUGAGUAAAUAAUCAAGGAUAUCUGAUGUUCAGCAGUUCUGAAAUUUAGAGAAUUGCUAUAUAAAUAGUGUGGAGGGGGCCCUGAGUCAGACUGCCUGGGUUCAAAUCCAGGCUCUGCCAUCUCUAGCCAUGAGAGCUGGGACAAGUUACCUAAUUUCUCUGUACCUUAGUUUUCUCAUUAAAAAUAGGGUUCGUAAUCCCCACCAUAUAGGGAUGUUGUAGUGAUUAAAUGCAUGUAAAGUACCUGGAAUAGUGUUUAGGAUAUCAUUAGUACUCGAUAAAUAUUGUUUGUCAUUGUUUUUGUGAUAUGUUUAAAAGUUCUUUGUUUUAAUUAUUUCCUUCAAGGUCCACUUAUGAAGAUAUGAACUGGUGGACUGUUUACUCUCACCUGAUAAGAGGACAGAAUAAAGGGAAGCCCUUUGAAUUAUCCUCUAGAGAUGAGGAAGUCCAUUUUACCGUUUUUCUUUAAGAACCCAUGCCUGGGCUAUCAGAAACACGGUGUCCCCUGUGUAACAUUCAUGCUUUGAACAGUUUAUGUUGUUUUUUUAAUAACAAAACAGUAAAACAUACCAAGCCCUUUUCUCCUGUGUUCAAGCAGGAAGCACUAAGUAACAUGGAUGACUACGACAAAACCUGCUUGGAGUCUGCGUUAGUUGGUGUGUGCAGUAUCGUUCAGCAGGAAUGGGGCGGUGCGAUUCCGUGCCAGGUUGUCCUGGUGACCGAUGGCUGUCUUGGCAUUGGUAGAGGGUCACUGAGGCAUUCCCUAGCUACUCAUAAUCAACGAAGUGAGAGCAACAGGUUUCCUCUCCCCUUUCCUUUCCCGUCUAAGUUGUACAUCAUGUGCAUGGCAAAUUUGGAAGAGCUUCAGAGCACUGACUCCUUGGAUUGCCUUGAACGUCUCAUAGAUUUAAACAAUGGUGAAGGGCAGAUUUUUACCAUUGAUGGCCCCCUGUGCUUGAAAAAUGUACAGUCUAUGUUUGGAAAACUGAUAGAUCUGGCAUAUACACCUUUCCAUGCUGUUCUCAAGUGUGGCCACCUAACUGCUGAUGUACAAGUCUUCCCCAGGCCAGAACCUUUUGUUGUAGAUGAAGAAAUCGAUCCUAUUCCCAAAGUCAUUAACACAGAUUUGGAAAUAGUGGGAUUUAUUGACAUAGCUGAUAUUUCAAGUCCCCCAGUUCUGUCCAGACAUCUGGUCCUGCCUAUAGCACUUAACAAAGAAGGUGAUGAGGUGGGUACUGGCAUCACUGAUGACAAUGAAGAUGAGAAUUCAGCCAAUCAGAUUGCAGGCAAAAUACCCAACUUCUGUGUCCUGCUCCAUGGCAGCCUAAAAGUGGAAGGAAUGGUGGCGAUCGUUCAGUUAGGCCCUGAAUGGCAUGGAAUGCUCUACUCCCAAGCUGACAGCAAGAAGAAAUCAAACCUCAUGAUGUCUCUCUUUGAGCCUGGCCCAGAACCUCUCCCAUGGCUAGGGAAAAUGGCACAGUUGGGUCCUAUUUCAGAUGCUAAGGAAAACCCUUACGGUGAGGAUGACAAUAAGAGCCCGUUUCCCCUACAGCCCAAAAACAAACGCAGCUAUGCCCAGAAUGUGACUGUCUGGAUCAAACCCAGUGGCCUGCAGACAGAUGUACAGAAGAUUUUAAGAAAUGCAAGGAAACUACCUGAAAAAACACAGACGUUCUAUAAGGAGCUGAAUCGUUUACGAAAGGCUGCCCUGGCCUUUGGUUUCUUGGACCUGCUCAAAGGGGUGGCUGACAUGCUGGAAAGGGAGUGCACACUGCUGCCCGACACGGCCCACCCCGACGCUGCCUUCCAGCUGACCCACGCGGCCCAGCAGCUCAAGCUGGCCAGCACCGGCACCUCUGACUACGCUGCGUAUGAACAAAACAUCACACCUUUGCAGACAGACUUCUCUGGGAGCAGCACUGAAAGAAUGUGAAGCUGACUUUGGAGCCUCCUUUUCAUUUCCAGAGUGAAACUGAUUUAGGGUAAAGACCUUUCCAGUCUGCUCAGCUUUGGAAUAGCUACCCGAAGACCACCCUGCGGCUGCCUCAGAAACACCAGUUGCUGGUUUGAAUGACUCUAUCAGCCGGGAAGGGUUCUGAAAGGUGGUUGGCUGGUUAGGCUGUAAUUUUAGCUUUCUGGGGCUCAGAGUCCCCAGAUUCUGCUGCCUCAAUGGGCGCAUCUCCUGAGAAGCGUGAACGGCUGACAAGCACAGAGCUCCCCACUUCCUCAGCAGGGGCUCUCUGGCUUCUGAAGGGCGUCAUCUCUUCCCUCCAGGUUUCUGUCACAACUGUAUUUUCAAGCUUCUGUUCUUGGAAUGAGCAACCCAGACCAUCUGGGGCUGACUAAGUACAAGACCAACUCCGUUUUAGAACUUUGCUUAGAACUUGGGCAAAACGUGAUGGCAACCCUUAGGUGCUCUUGGUGUAUCCUGAGAUACAGACUUUUAAACAGCAACCACACGUAUGUGUAAAAUGAUUCCCGCUUCUUCAAGUUUUGGGGGUUUUUUUUAAAUGAAAAUAUUUUCUAUAAAAUAGUUUCACUGAAAUUAAUGGGCAUUUUGCCUUUUGGUCUGACCUGUCACUUGAAUAUAAUUCCAACUUUCUAAGUUGCACAGAUUUAUAAAAAUCAUGUUUCCUUGGGUUCUAUACUGACUUCCUUCUUCCAACACUGAUGAGGCCUCAGUGCCAGGUUCUAGUUGCCGCUGAUUCCGACUCAUGGCGACCCCAUGUAUGUUGGAGUAGAACUGUGCUCCACAGGGUUUUCAGAGGCUGAUUUUCUGGAAGUAGAUUACCAGGCCUUUCUUCCGAGGUGCUUGUGGGCAGACUGAAACCUCCAACCUUUUGGUUAGCAGCCGAGCAAGUUAACCAUUUCCACCACCCAGGGAUUCCAAGCCAGGUUCAUUCCAGCUAAAUUCUGACAGAUCACUGAAUUCAAAGUUAGUUUUGGUUCCAAUCCAUCAGCUAGCUUCAUGAUAUUAGGCAAGUAACAUUUCUUCAGGGUUUAUGUACAUCAUCAAUGAUUUUCAAAUUGCUCCGUGGAUCUACUAUGGUAGAAUCCCUCAGGCCUCUGGGCCCUUUACCCCCACUUCAACUGAAACAGACGAUUGUAGUUUAAUAGGCUGAACAUCUGAACAAGGGACUUCCAUCACGAACAGUCUGAAAAUCAUUAAACUAAAUGAUAUUUAAGCACGUCAUUAGGAUUUUGAUUGUAAAUAUUUUAAUAGAAAUACACAAUCUUUUGCUUCCUCAGACAGCAAUAAAGGGAUUUGUAAUAAUCACUAAAAAUACAGGAUUUUGCCAGAAGGAUGCAGCAUAAUCUACUGCAAAGCUGAUGUGCAAUUACACAGAGGAACUUGGCUGAAAGAACAUCAGAAGUCAGUACAAACAAAUGUUGACAGGAAGAUACAGGCAUGCAAGACAUCCUUCAGUGCAGUGGAGUUUUACAAAAUCAGCCAGCCUAUGCUAACCAAACGUUUCGGGUCAAACCAAGUUUCCAUUUUGGGCCCAGAGAAACAGCAUAACUGAGUCUCCUUCCCCUGGGAGCAAUGAGAAUGGCAGAGCCAAGAGAGCUAUCGUGCCUUAAAUUCCCUUAUACAAGUGUUACUUCUAACACUUAUUUUACUUGGUUUACUUGGAAUGUUUUAGAGAAAACUAUUUUAGAAUGGACAAACUUCAAAACGUCUAGAUUUCUUUUUUUUUCUUUUCCAGUUCCCCUGUUGGUGUGUUUCCUGCCAGGAAUCCUUUUAUAAGGGUCAGCUGGUGAUUCUCCAGCCAAAGUCCCUACUGCAGACAGGUGGAAAAGCCAAUCUAAUAGCAGAAUAAAAGCAGGUGUUUUUCAGGUCUACUCACAAGCAGACAGUCCCACCACUCACUCUGACGGGCAGUAGCUGAAAAGAAUAAAUCCCAACUAUAAGAAUGGCCAGUACCUUGUACGGAUGACAGUGAAGAAAUAUCCUUGGCCUGUAUGACACAGACUGGACGUGGAGUGGGUGGGAGUGGGGCUGAGCCUUUUGCUUCACUAACUGAAUACACAAGAAUGAACCUGUCAUCAGCUCUCAGGAAUCCAUGUCAAGCAAGUACUACACUAAGAUAAUACAGUAAAUUCAGGAAUGUUACUGGGGGAAAAAGAGAGAGACAGCCUCACUGAGAAUUGAAUCUUUCAACUUUAAAAAAACUUUUACAUCAGUACAAGAAGGUAAAACCGUAAGAAUCACAGAUAAGCCUCAAACUGUUGUAAGAAGCCAUCCAAAUCUCCUUAGUGGAUCUUUUUCUUUCUUUGUCCAUAGCGCCGCCUGCGCUGUUUAUAAAGGUGACGGAAAUUUAUAUAUAACCCU